CCGGAAACGAGCAUGACUGGAAGCUCCAUCGACCAAGCGUACUGAAGACGACCUCACCCGCCUCAACACUCAUUCAUGACAAUCCGAACGCUCGUUAGCCAAAAACUAUGAUUCUAUUGCAUGCGGACGACCGCAAAAGCAUCGACAAAGGGACAGACAUCGUCGACGGUUCGACCAUUCGAAUCCCAGAACAUGCCUUGGGUCCACCUCGCUCACGAAACUCGGACGUAUCCUCGUUACCCGACUACGAUACCUCUGAGAAAGAGCAUCGAACCCUGGCUCAGCAACCAGACACACAAGCUCAGAAGCAGAAAUCACGGUUUUACCUCAAUGCAAGAUUCUGGAAAAUAUCCUCAUAUGUCAUGGCCGUAUAUGUGGUCCUGUCACUGGCCAUAGCAAUCCCCCUUGUCCUCAAAUUUAAACGAAACCACGAAUCGCUCUGGGCUUUCGUCACUGAUGAAUGGUCCUCAUCGUCCUGCCACGGUCCAGGCCUCGACUACAAUGCCAAAUGGAACACGAGCGCAGUGUCAAAUUCCACUUUUCUAUGGGGGUGGCAGGAUGUCGACCACGGCCUCUGCGACGAAUUCUCAUCCGUCGAAUAUGAGGGAACCUUGGCAGAUGUGGUUCCCUCACCGCUCACAGCCUCCAUCAUUCGAGCCGGCUAUGUUCUGCAAGAUGAACCCCACCAACUCGUCGCCAUCCGUUCCAAUUUCACCCAGGACGGCACUUUCCCCGGCAAUCUCAUACAAGGCAUCCUAUCCGUCGACGUUAACCCGGAUGAGCUGCAGCAUAACAUCAUUUUCAACGUCACCGUCAAUGCAAGCAAUCAACGCACCCGCUCGAAUACACGCAUUUGCUUCAGGAAAGAGGGAAGGAACAGAGGGCUCUCCAUCUACCCACCCAAAUCCGUGAACGAGACUGAUUCCAUCACCGUCGCCAUCCAAGUUUUACUCCCGCAGGCGUCUACCAUCGACGACUUUGUGACAUACCUACCGUCACUCAGUCAACACUUUGGCGACCUUUCUGCAGUGAAAUUGGGUCAUGUUGGCAUUGAAGGAGCUGCAGCACCUCUUAUGUUCGAACUCAAACAUCUUCCGUCUAGCCCAAUCGACGCAACUGUGGCACUAGGGCACUUUGAGACCUCAGAGGCGAAGGUAAACACACCAUAUUUCGUCACCCAGGUCAAAAGUUACAACGGAAAGGUCAAUCUUGACUUUGCCCACGAUUACGAACCUCCAACAAUUGCGACCUUGCGCUUGGAUGUUCAGAAUGCCUUGGCAGAAACAAAUGUCCGCCUUGACCCGGGAUUCCAAGGGGAAUUCCUUGUUCAAACCCGGUUAGCCCAGGUCAACGUUACGGAUGGCGUGCAACGGCAAGAAAUCAGUGGCAAUAACACCACUUCAGUACCGCUCUCGCAUACGAACGUGAGCGAUGCCGUGGAAGAAGGACGCAUCACAACGUAUGAUGACUUGCGGACGGACAGAGCGGUUGGUUGGGUCGGCUGGUCCGCCCGUCCGAAGUCUGAUUUUGAAAGGCUGAAGCAGGGACGUGUUUCCCUCCGAUCAUCUAUGGGACCAAUCAACUUGGACCUUGUAUAA